AAAUAAAUCCAUUUAUAAUUAAUUAGAAUCUCGAAAAGCCAUUUAAAAACCCGAAAAGUCAUAAACAUUUAAUUUCCCCUUUUCCCUCAUUUUACAUAGAAAGAAAUCACCAUUUUCCAUUUCGACACACACACACUCUCACUCUCUCCUUCUCUCUUCCCAACGCAAUGGACCCAUGGCUCGACGAUCUCACCGACGACCUUCAAAGCCUAAGCUUCGCCUCCACAACCACCACCAACGCCGACAUCAAACGAAGCACAAGCUUCGGUUCCACAACAACCGCCUCAACCUCCGCUCAUCUCUCAAAUCGAUCCCUAAAUCCGCCAAUCACCAAACAUCACGCUCCUUUAUCCGACCCUCGCUGGUCCGCCAUUCACCGGAUCCGAUCAGAAUCACCUUCUCGUCACAUCCUUCCGUCUGACCUUCGAUUCUCCCGCCGUCUCGGUUCCGGUGAUAUUAGUUCUGUUUAUCUUGCUGAACUUAAUGACGACGGGAAAAUUCCGGCGAUGUUCGCGGCGAAAGUGAUGGAUAAGAAGGAGUUAGUUAGUAGAAGUAAAGAAGGAAGAGCGAAAACGGAGAGAGAAAUACUUGAAUCUCUUGAUCAUCCUUUUUUGCCUACUCUUUAUGCUACUAUUGAUGCUGCGAAAUGGCUUUGUCUUUUGACGGAGUUUUGUCCCGGCGGUGAUCUUCAUGUUCUCCGGCAACGGCAGCCAAAUAAACGGUUCCCUGAAUCCGCCGUCAGAUUCUAUGCAUCAGAGGUGCUGAUGGCACUUGAAUACCUUCACAUGUUGGGAAUAGUAUACCGUGAUCUCAAGCCAGAGAAUGUGUUAGUAAGAUCAGAUGGCCAUAUAAUGCUCACAGACUUUGAUCUCUCAUUAAAAUGUGAUGCUGCUGAUUCAACACCAGCUCAGAUAAUAAUCUCAAGUCAAAACUCUCCACAAGUAGUCCCACAAAAAUAUCCCCACACUGGAUCCUCUCAAUUCGCCUCAUCUUCAUGCAUAAUACCUAAUUGUAUUGUCCCAGCAGUGUCUUGUUUCCAACCAAAACGCAAACGAAAGAAGAAACAAAACCAGUUUAAUGGGCCUGAGUUUGUUGCUGAGCCUAUUGAUGUUAGAUCCAUGUCAUUUGUUGGGACACAUGAAUACUUGGCUCCUGAGAUAGUGUCUGGUGAAGGACAUGGUAGUGCUGUGGAUUGGUGGACCUUAGGAAUAUUUAUAUUUGAAUUAUUUUAUGGUGUUACGCCUUUUAGAGGCUUGGAUAAUGAAUUAACUCUAGCAAAUAUUGUGGCUCGAGCUUUGGAGUUCCCAAAGGAACCUACCGUGCCAGCCACGGUAAAAGAUCUUAUCUCACAGUUAUUGGUUAAGGAUCCAGCUAGGAGAUUAGGAUCAAUAAUGGGGGCUUCUACAAUCAAACACCACUCGUUUUUUCAAGGUGUGAAUUGGGCAUUGUUAAGGUGUACAACUCCACCUUAUGUUCCACCACCUUAUAGUAAAGAUAAAGAUGAUUUAUCUGAUGAUAGUUGUCCACAAACUCCUAUUGAUUAUUAUUGAUGACAAUAAAAGGAAUUUGGAUCGGCCAUGGGAUACUACUGCAUUCACGUAUUCAGGACAUCAAUGACCGUUGGAUCAAACAUAGACGAUCUAAAAGAAUGUCGAUAUUUAUGUUCAUUUUAUUAUUAGACAGUCUGAUCUUGAUCAAACGUUCAUAGAUGUCCCUAAUGCAUGAAUGCAUGGAGAUAUGACUGCAGGGGAGCCGAAUCUCAAUACAAGGAGGAAAAGUACAGUUAGCUAGCUAGUUUAAGGAAAUUCAAUUAUAGGAGUAUUUAUCUUUUUUAUUUAUAUUUUAUUUCUUCUCCGUUAAGUUAAUUUGUCACCAUACUAUUGUCUUUAUAAUUUAAGAGGCUUGAAUAGAGAAAUGUAAUUGUCAACCAAACUAUGUUAAUUGAGCAUGUUGACAAAUUAAAUUAAUGAGUGCUCUGCUCAAGUAGAGCAAUACGUACCAUAUGCAGAUAGGUUUGGUGAAUUAUAUAAUAUAGCUGGCAAAAGCAGUAGCACAUGAUUUUAAUAAUAUUUUGUUGAGUUUUUUAGUUAUAUUAAUAAAUGGGGCUGCAAUUCACUAAUGUCAAACAAAGAUAGCAUUGAAAUGUAGCAUGGGACAAAUUAUGUAGAAACAAUGAUAUUGACUUAGGAAGAGCAUGAAUGAACGAGAAAACCGCUGGCACCUUGUGGCUAUUUCUAUUUGUGUACAAAA